ACGCGAUAUUUCAGUCGGAGCAAUGCGGAAAUGUCACAUAACUUCGUUUUGAUUAGCUAAUUAUACAUCAAGUUGGCAAACCAGCCUAAUUAACAGCGGCGCGUUACAUUGUGGCGUUUGACUUUGCUGUGAGCCAUGAGUGAACUAUUUGAAUGCAAACAACCCGACACAUGGAGGAAAGUUGAAGGCAAAUAUUGGCAUGUGGUGGAAGCUAAAAGCAAGAGCAAGAAAGCAUCCGGCGGGAAGCUUCAAAACCUCGACAAGUGGUACCAAGAGGAGCUGCCUGCUACCAUCUCAAGUCGAUGUGAUAAACAUGUCACUCUGUCAGAGAUGGUCAAGCUGAUGGAGUGGAAGCUCACAAGGGGCAAGUUCAGGCCUCGUCUGCAGCAGCUCGUGUCUUCCAACAGUGAAUCGGCGGUGGCCGAAUGUUCCCGUAAGGCCUUCAACCUCCUGCCUGAUGUCGCCGCCGCCAUCUCGGAACUCGGCUCAUUGAAAGGAGUCGGCCCAGCCACUGCGUCAGCGGUGUUAGCCGCGGGAGCUCCCGAACAGACCGCGUUCAUGUCAGACGAGGCCGUGGCGAGCGUACCGGGGCUCUUGCCCAUUCAGUACACAGCCAAACACUAUGCGUUCUACCUGAACAAGAUGGUGGAAAUGACCAAAACACUUAACAAAGACCCUCAACCCGAUUGGACGCCCCAAAGGUUGGAGCGCUGUUUGUGGGCGCUAACCGUCGCUAAGCAACAGCAGCUCCCGCUUCUCGGAGGUGUUGUCGGUGUGGCGGAGAAGCGCUCGGUUGCUGAGGAUCACAGAACAAGCAAGAAACUUAAAACCAGAUAAGGAAAUGAAGUGUAUUUGUAUGACUAAUACAGUAAUAAAAAAUCUUUCAUGGGAACCAGUGGAAUAAUGAAAAGUCAGUUGAAUGUCGCCACAGUAUUGUUUAUUUAUAUAGUUUCCAAAUGAAAGCAAAAUACAAUGACCAGUACAAAAUAAAAGAAAAUAUAUUAAUAUAUAUAUACAAUAUAAAAUGGUUCAGUUUUCUAACAUUUAAAAAGUAUAUACAACAUGUAAUGAAAGAAUUUGUGAUGACUUUGACACAAAUUCUACAGUACAGAUGGACAUUGAGUCAUCAAAAUAGCUUUUUGUUGUAAACGCUGGGUUGGCGCGACCUCGCGUCUUCGAGAUCGAACCUUUUUGUGAGUUUGGCACCGUUUCGCCGAAGCAAAAAGUAGCGAAUGGAUGUGCGUGGCUACCUGAGUGGCUUUUACGGCUCUCAGGAUUAAUCAACCUAAAUAAUAAAAUAAAAUUGAGGCAGCAUCCAUGGUUUUCAC